GAGAGAGAGAGAGAGAGAGAGAGAGAGAGAGAGAGAGAGAGACAGAUCAGUCGAGUAACCAAGUCGGCAGGACAUACUCGACGGAGAUUUUCAAAGCGAGGGCGGCAGACAGAUAUGGACGACGGCGUGCAGAACGGUCUACAGUCGGAGCAGUGGUUCUCGACGUUCGAGAAAGGAGACAAGCGACCAAACUCGAUUGGUAGCGGUGCCUUACGCUUCAUUCGUACUCGCAGCAGCAUCCGAAGAGAUCUUAAGAAGCACUGCAAUCGAAACAAAUCCGGUGAUUCGUACGGAAGUGAUGUAGGAAAUAACGGUAGUGGAGGUGGUAUAGGAAAAUGGCUGCGUGAACAUUUAGGAGGCAGUUCGAAAGGAAGCCACGAUAUUCAUUCCGCAUUACCGUCGAAAACAAAUGGAAAUCACGUGAACGUCAGUAACGAAGAGAAGUAUUUUGCCAGAGCUACUACUAUUUACACAUCGCAAAAUCUUUACUGCAGUCUACCAAGAGAGCAAGGACGUCACGGUCAUAAUAGUAUACGAAAGAGCCCUCAUGGGAAUUCUUCCAAGUCUCAAGGACAGGAUAGGCCGCGAUCGAGUGGCUCUAACUAUCACGAGAAGUUCGUCGGCGGUGAUCCUGGUGGUUUGACGAGAGGUGGCCCUAUCUAUGGCAGCGAGGGUAAGAGCUUGAAGAAACGAAAUCGCGAUCGACGAAGGCAUUCGCUCAACGAGCCUCACGUGCACGAUCGACAACGUCGUAGAAGGUGUAUCCCGGAUGGCGGGGACGUCGGUUACACGAUGACGGAAUUGCAACCGUCGCCGCCAGGAUAUCGUGUACAGGAUGAGGCCCCAGGUCCACCUUCCUGUCCCUCGGGGACCUACAAGUAUACGAACCACGGGCAUGACAACGAGACUACCAAUUUCAAGGGUGCCACGUCGUAUACUCAGGAAGGCUAUGGCCUUAAGAAGAGUCCGUCCAGGACGGUGCCGUCUAACCAAUACUAUCGUCGCAGAAACGACGGCAGGAGGUCAACAGAAAAUGAACACGAAGGCAAUAACAACGUCGGCAACAAAAAAACAGCGAUUGCUGGUUACAACGAGAGUAACAAGAAAAAUACUUCGGGCUAUAAGAACGACAGCGGGUAUAGCGAGACUCUUGGAUUCGACAGUUUCACUCUCGCUCUCAACGAAAGGGACGAGGCUUCGCCACCACCAACACCACCAGUUAGAGACGCAUCCAGUCUCAAAGGUGUCUGCUACGGUCCAGGUCACGAGAAAUAUCCAUCUUGGCCGAGCGCCCCUGAACGACAUCCCGACGAAGACAUUCACAAUUUAAGCCACAACGGAUCGCACCGUUCCAAAUCCUGGACCGAUCACACCAAUUAUCCGAAAGAGAAACCAGCUCAAUAUACGAGACCUCAUACAAAGAGACCUAAUCCAGUCUUCACUCAGCAGCUAAAAACGGUGAUGGAACGUUGCGAGAAAAUACCAGCGGAGACUUUCGAGUCGCGUAACAGAAAAAGCGUCGAGGAUGAGCCACGUUUGUGGCCUCGCGUAGAUCGCGAAGGCAAGGCAUUAGGAGACGCGGAAUACGUAGUUCCAUCGCCACCGGAAAGAGAACAACAAUCGGCUCAGACUCUCAGCCAUGCAGAUCUCGAAGCUUACGUUAGGAGCUAUCAAGAUCCUCAAGUGUCCCAGGUGGAUUUGUACAGAGAAACGGCAUUAACGCAGGCGGGUUUGGAAGAAUACACGAGGGUCCAACAUUCGCAACAGGCCAGUUACGCACAAUCCGAGGGCUAUCACAGUUAUGUUUCCAGCGUUGAUUCCACGACCAAUACACCUUUUCUCGAUAGACUUCGAAGAGACAGCGAAGCCGUGGCGCAAAGAUCUACUCCUUCCUGGGAAGAUACUUCGAGGGAGGGCAGAGACAGUGUGGUGACAACGUCUAGCGGAAGUGCUUCCAGUAGUGAAACAUUAAAAUGGCACGGUUCGAUGUCCGACGUCAGCGUUUCUAGUGGUUUACCAGCGAGACAGACCUGUACUUCGGACAGGUGGCAUCAUGGCUCGAUGUCCGACGUCAGUAGCGUCAAUGGUGGGAUGAUGGCUCAGAAAUCAAGUAACGUAUGUCAUGAAAAGUGGCAAGAUUCUAUGAGUGACGUCAGUACGAGCGGUUUAUCGCCAACGACGAAAGGAAGGCACAGUGAAAAGUGGCCGGACAAAUGGCAGGCUUCGAUGAACGACCGAAAUAAACAAGCACAGACUAGAGCAAGUUUACCAGGAGUUAUAGGACACUGCGUGGCUUCUGCCUCUGUCGGAGACAUUUGUCAAUCAUCGACGGUUCGAGAGAGCAAUUGGCAAGAAUCUAGUAUCGACGAAGAUUCCCUUGAUAGAUCGCAAAGCAGCCAUCCGUGGGAUGGUUCUGUUACAUUGGACGGUGAUAAAUAUAGAUCGGUCUCUCAACCGAUGCCGCAAAGUCCAACCAGACAAGUUCUGCCUACGAGCCCACAAAGUCCCGACGGAUGGGAUCCUCUUCAUGGAUCCAUGUCAGAUGUUAGCCAAUCGAACGGCAUACAGUGCAACAAACAGUUAAUCGCUUAUAGCGCUAGAGUGCAGACCCCGCAACGACAUCUAUCAGAGAGUGUAUUGUACUUGGAUCGCGAACGUAAUCAACGAAAAUUAUAUCCUAUUAGCACUACGCAGCCGCAGGAAUCGCCACAGUCUUCUAGAAUGGCACCCACGUCACCGCAGCAGUCUCCAUUGUCGGUAGCUGAACGUAUAAGCGAGUUAGAGAAGCAACAACAGCAACAACAGCAACAACAACAACAACAACAGCAACAACAACAACAACAACAACAACAACAACAACAGAUGCGUUACACUUAUCUGGAUCCUGAGAAACGGCAUAGAGUUUCUGACCCGACUUUGAAAGCUAUUCAAAAGAAAGCACUAUUAUCUUUUUACGAAAGACAUCAUCAAGCGUCCUGGAGAUCAGAGCCACAAUUAGCUCAAGGCUCAGGGACCUCUCCGCAGAGUCCUCCGCCGCAACCACCGCCACGACCUAGACCAUCCUCCUCGAGACGAGCCAGUUCUGCGUCCGAUUAUGCUAGUGGCACGUGGAGAGAGAAUUCUGGUAGAGGACAAAAUCAAGGAAAUUCAGAUCUACCGAGUCCUAAGCAUCAGCAUAGUAACAGUUGCGGCAGUCUUUCAACAGAUUUAUUGGGUCCGGUUAUAGUAGGGCCUGCCAUAUCCAUCGACGAUUGGGUCCCAGAAAGACCACCGAAGAAACCUCACCUUAGGAAUGUUUACAAUGAUCGCGUUCCUAGUCCUGAUUUACCACCACCGUCACCACCGACAGUGACAGAAAGCGAGGUCCAUGAAUGCGACGAUCCUUUACCACCUCCGCCGCCCGAACUCAGCGAAGAUUGUUAUCCAGAUAGUACACGAAAAACCAGUUCGGCUCAUCAUCAACUCGACGAAGGAAAGAUGCACCGCGAGAGAUCCUGCGAGCGACACAAAUCGGAAAGACAUUCGAUGAGAAGAUCAAAACAUAACAACAAACGAGAUCUUGAUAAAACAUCUGGCAAAUCCUCGCCGAAUUCUCCGACAAUGAAAAUCUCUUCGCAGGAACAAGAUCAGCAUCAAUUUGUAAGAACUCCAACGACGCUGAAACACGUCGAUACCGAAAUGGUCCAUGAAAAUGGCAUUUCCCCGGGUUUUGCCGCUCACAGAAUGAUGACAACUGGCCGUUCGAGUUUAAGAUAUCCUUCUACCCAAAAGCUUAUGGUAAACGGUAGAAUAGCGAGUACGAGAAGAAUAUCCGAAGAAAGACCGUUCACAGCUAGACCACCCGCUCAAUUGCCCGAUCUCAUAUCUCAGCGUUAUAGUGAUUCUGGAAAUCAACGACCAGCGCCUCAAGUUCCUGUUGAACCACGUAUCAUUCGACAAGAAUCGAUGAGAGUCGAAAGUACGAGAAUCGAUGCAUCUGGAUUACUACGCAACGAUUCUGGUCAAAGAUUGGAAUCGUCAUCAGGACAGAGGCCGCAGCCUCAAGUACCCAAGAAUAACGAUAAAAAUGGUUCGACGAAUCAAUCGAAUCAUCAACAAUCAAGACCAAAUUAUUUACCUGUCCCUGAUAAUUCCAAAGGUCAUGCCUUUUCUAUCGGCAGUCCCGUUACACACAUGGGAUACGAGCUUGGUUCAAAACUUUAUUCCCCAGAAGCCAGUCCACAAAAGUAUCAUGAACCACCGAAGUACAUGUCCAAUCAUUAUUCUCGUCACAGCGACACACCUCCUAGAAACUAUUAUGCUCUACCACCGAAAUAUAUCGACGCGCCGAAACAAAAACCACAGCCUCAGUGUCCUACGGAUCGGUACAGCGCUUCAUCGCCCAGUUCUCCACCGCCACCUUUAGCACCGAGACAAAAUACACCUGGAAGGAAAUCCUUGCCUCCACCUCCAAGGCCAGCUCCGCCUCAUGCUAUUCAAGGAAGCCAAUCAAAGGCUUCUUACUUGGCGUAUAGAAGAGAACGUGGCGCCCCUGAUAGCGAAGGUAGCUACAAAAGAACGAUGUCUCCGACCUCUCGUUUAGAAGAUUGGCCACCUCCACGGGAUCACGAUGAUCCAGUUCUGUUGCGUGUCACACCACAUCAUCCAUUACAACACCAUCACCAUCAUCAUCAUAAUAGUCAUCAACAACAGCAGCAGCAACAACAACAAUCACACGAACUUGCCAAAUCCCAUAGCGUCGACGCUCUUCACCAUCGAUUAGAAGAAAAGUCAGGCCAACAGCAUCAACACUCGGUCGAAUCGAUCGGGAAAUUAUCCCACGAGCUAACUAAGAAACUUCAAAUCGCUGACGCUAGAACACGUACCAAUGAGAACAACAAUAACGACAAUCUCGAGGAUCGACAUCAUCAUCAUCAUCAUCAUCAUCAUCAACAUCAAGAGAAAAGAUAUCAGGAAAAGAGGCACGAUUAUGAGCAACGAAGAGAACGAUUAUCUCCCCAGAGCGUCGAGGUUCUCAAUGAUAGGAACAGACAAUUGGAACGAGAGCGUAGAAAAUUAGCUGCCAGUUGCGAGCCCUUAUCAGAAAAUAGAGAGAAACAGCUUCGUAAUGUCGAAAGUGGCUCUCAACCAGCAGCCGGUGAGGAUUUCUUCCGCGAAAGAAGUGCAACGAUCGAAAUGACCUCGCAAAAUAUCGAAUUACUGAACCGUAGGAAUGAGAAACGAUCCAAUGGAGGAAGUACGUCGACCGGUACAAUGUGCUCGUACACGGUAAGCACGACGACCUCCUCGAUGACUACUACGAUUACCAACAUGACAGGUAAUUGCUGGUCGAGAGGACAGGAAAAUGUUGUCGUUCAGAAAACGGUAGAAUCGAUGUCUCAUCAUGACAAACCACCACCGCCAAGUAGUUCACCACCAAGAUCUCCGGAAAGAGGAAGUCCAAGAGGAGCAAUCCCACGAAGAUCCGGAAGCUGUUCGAGCUCCUCCUCUUCCGGUAGAUCGACCGAUCCCACGUCAUCUCCUCGAAUCUUAACUUAUGGAACGCCAACCAAGAGUACACCGAAUUCCCCAACUAGAGAAGAAGGUUCCACCGAUCAAAGGAAAGUUUCGAGUCCAACUCAAACGGAUAGUACAGUCUCUUGGAACGGAUCCAAUUCUGCUGGUCAAUCAUUGAAUCAGCGUUCGUGCCAAACGAGAGAAACGGAGAAUCCUAGAACAGAAAGAACGGAGAGAUCGUCCGGUAGUUCAAAAUCAAGAUCGACGGGAAGUAGAUUCUCUUCGAAUUCCUCUUCGUCUUCGUCUUCUUCUUCGUCUUCGUCUUCGUCUUCGUCCUCAUCAUCAUCCUCCUCGAUCUCAAGUGUAUCCAAAUCCUCCACCUCGUCCUCACCUAGAAACUCACCUGUCGAUGAACAGGAUAAGAAACCUUCAUCAUCAACCACUUCACCUUGCGUCUCUCCACAACCUGGCAUCGAAGGCUUGACUUUGGUACAGCGUACCGAAGUAGUUCUUAGAGUUAACGCUGCUACAAGUGACGCGGCAUCACAGACCGAUCUCAUGGAGCAAACCGCAGAGCAAAACAUUGUCAAACAGGAGGAACCUCUUCUACCGGAACCGAGAAAAAAAUUACCGGAGGAGAUUGAGUGCGAAGAACUCAGCAGAGAUCUCGCCAGUCAACUAAGUCCAAACGACAAAUUGGUCCCCAUUCUAGUUCCAGUGCCGGAGCACAAGAAACCCACCGACUACGUUUCCGGUCUCUUUAGGGUGGAAGCGACCUUGCAGUCAAGACCGAGGCGGCGACUCUCCCUUGAGGAGUCGAUGGCCUCCUGCGUCGUAAAUGCAGAUGACGAUGAGAAAAAACACGAAAGUAUACCUUCGGUUCCUGUAACCCCAUCGUCAGCUGAUCCAAGCAGCCCGCUUUCAUCCACUUCGGCAUAUUUCACGACGUCCGAAGGUAAAGCGAGGUUUCUGACGAGAUAUUCUCGAGACGUUAGUGUCGAUGAUUCUACAAGAUCGGAAGAUACGACGGCAGUCGUUACAGCGGAUAAUUCGGAUCUCAGGAAGAAGAAGGAAGAGCUUAUGAUGCGAUUGGACAAGAAAGUGAUCGUCUUAAGGGCUGAACAAGAGGCUGUUAAAGAAGAGGGAGAAAUAAAUGAAGCCCUUGGUGCUCGCGUAGCUAUGCGUAUUUCCGCCGCAGCUAGACCAGCUGAAGCUUCCAAGUAUCGACUUCACGUUGAGGAAGUUGGCAAGAUUACUAGCCUUCUUCUUAGUCUUAGUGGAAGAUUGGCUCGUGCUGAAAACGCCCUUUAUGGUAUGCCGGCCGAUCAUGCGGAGAGAAAAAUACUGGAGGGCAAGAGAGAUAAGCUAAUAGAUCAGUUGGAAGAAGCUAAGGUUCUGAAGACGAACAUCGAUAAGCGUAGCAUCAACGUUUCGGCGAUCCUUUCAAAAUAUUUAAAUGACGAGGAAUUUGCCGAUUAUCAACAUUUUAUCAACAUGAAAGCUAAGCUGAUAAUGGAUACCCGUGAAAUUCAAGACAAAGUGAAGCUCGGUGAGGAACAGUUGGCUGCAUUGAAGGAAGCUAUCGAUUAAAUCGAUUAAUAACGACGAUGAACUUUAAUGGAGACGUGUACGAAAUUAAAAUAAUAUUUUAAGUAAGAUAUUCGUAAAGUAUAAAGAUCGUAUUUAAAAGUCGCGAUACGAUAGUACUCGAAUAUUUCUUGAGAAUAUUAAUAAACAAGACUCCUCAUUCAUCGUCUAUGCGAUGUCAAAUCGAAGUCUGAACCUAUAAGGAAAACAAUGUGAACGAGCAAAGAUCUAUCAUACUAUCACUUAUUAUCAAUGCAUAGAUAUAUAAAUAUAAAGAAACAACUAUAUAUGUAUUAUAUAUAUAUAUAUAUAUAUAUAUAUAUACACUUAUUCUUCAUGUGUAUAAGUGUGUGUUUAUGUUUGAUCUAAAGAAAAAGAAGAAAGAUAACAAUAACUUUUUACAAAUGUUCGAAAUUUUUUUUUCACGUGAAAAAGAAAAGAAAGAAUGUAAAGACGAUUGUAAUUACUGCUCAUUUAAUUUUUUUCAACUUUCUUUGAUAAAAUAACAAGAAUAAAACGAUAUAAAGAUUGUUUCACAUUUUCCUUGUUAAUUUAGUAGGUUCGGACUAAAUCUCUAUGAUCUUCGAGAGCCAAGUGCCUAUGCUCAAGUGCCGCCUAGUCCUUUUUAAGAUUACACGUCGAUCUUCUCCCCGUGUUCCCUGAUGAUCCGCUCUAGAAAUAAUAUUUCUCUUAACUUUAUUAAACGAUAAGUUUACUAGAGGGUAACAUGAGGAUAAACAAAAGGAAAGAAAAGAGAGAGAGAGAGAGAGAGAGAGAGAGAGAGAGAGAGGGAGAGAGAGAGAGAGAGAGAGAGAGUGAGAAAAAAGAAACACGGGAAGCUUCUUCUUUAGAUCUUUCCUCGAGGAGAAAGCGACAUCGUAAUCGCAUGAAAGUGAUACGAGAAAAAAGAAAAAAAAAGAAAAGAAAAAAAUGAAAAACUUGAUAUGUAAAUAUAUAUAGAGAGCAAAAGAAGCGAAGAUAUAAAUGUAAACCUUUAAUUGAAUGCUUCCUCAUUCGAUAAUGUGUAUGAGGUAAGCGAAUGAUCGUUCGUUAUUUUGUCAUUUUUAUAUAUAUGUAUAUAUAUAUAUAAAACAUAUGUAUACAUAUACAUAUAGAAAGGAAAAAAAGAAGAAAAGAAAAAAGAAAUCACAUGGAAAGAUUGAAUACAUUUCUUCGCUUGUACGGGUAUACCCGUACGAAAUUGACGGUAUUAAUCGAUCAUUCAUAAAACUGUGAAAAAUUCUAUUAUAUUAUCAAAUAAUUGAGAAUUAUUGAAACAAUCAAAAUUCCUAAUAUGUAUCGUGUAGAAAAUCGAAAUUUGAUUAUUAUAUUCACAUUAUAAAGGAGAAAUAUGUCGUCGGCAUAAGAUCGAACGAAACACAUAGUGUUUGACUUCGGUGCAAUAUUUUUUUUUAACUCCUCGGAAGGUCUGAUAGCGCGAAAUGUAGAGCGAUAUAAACGAGAUAUUGACUAAACUGCAUUAAAAAGUCAAAAAAAAAAUAUCUAAGUAGGUAUCGUUGACACGCUCGAAAUUUUUACACGUUGCCCGGUGUAAGCAUUAACAUUUCGCGUAUGUAUGUUUCACGAAGAAGCGAGACGUUUGAAAGGGAAGAAAAAAACGAGAAAACGAAAAAAAAAAAAAAACAAAAAGAAACAAAAAAAGAAAGGAAGAAAGAAAAUGAAUAUGCUAUAACCCGUGCUGCCUUCUUAUAUACGAUAUGUGAUAUAAGAGUAUAAGGAGAGCGUACGCUUUGCACCACGUCGCUAAACGUUUUUUUUUUCUCUCGUUUGGACGUUCUAUCUUUAAAGAUAAAGCGACGUUGUACAUGUACAUAUAUAUAUUAUAUAGAUUUUUAGUACAUAAGCGCAUACACAGGACAUAAUACUACCGUAUUAUCGAAAUUAUAUACACGAGUUUGCGUUCAUAAAUACAGACAUAUACACUUAUCCACACACACACGGACACGUACACGCACACAAGAUGCCUAUACAAAAAGUACUAUUUUUUACAUUUCGUUCUAACCACGGGGUUCCACGUGGAUCCCUAUGACGCUUGUGAUUUUACUUAUUCUAUAGUACCGGACCAAGGACUCUCGAAAAGAAGUGCGUUGUUAACGCGCAAAUAGAUUUCGAGCCUCCAUGGUGUAACGGUGUUAUCGAGAAAAAUUUUAUGCCUCGUUCAUUGCUAGGUCGCAAACGUAAUAGACAUUUCUGUUUGUUUUGAUUUUAAAUAUCGGUCCAUUCAUCUUCUCCAUUAUCGAUUUCGUUUUGUGGUCAUCCUCAAAUUAAUACGAAAACGGGGAAGAGAUUAUACGGAGAAAUAAAUUUGUCGAAGGAAAUCAAGGAAAUCCUCCGGUUUUUUGAGCUUCGUUAAUGAAACAUUUACCGAAGACUCAAAGAUCCCGAGAUGGAGUCCUAUCUCGUCAUCAUAGAUAUUCUCUUUAUAAACUCCGAUUUAUAAAAGUUUUAACACAAGCAAUACAGGAAUGCUAUCUUUUUUUUUUUGUUUCUUUGUUUGUUCGUUCAUUUGGUGUGUUUUUUUUUUCUUUAAUUUUUAUUUGUUUAUUUUCUUUUUUCAAAACGUCGAAGAUUGAACACAGGGCAUAAAAUUUUCCGACAUAAUAGUCAGUUUCUGUUCCUUGUUUGUUUCUCGAUAUUUUUUUGCAAUUUCAUGUUAUUAGAAUAUUCUGCAGUAUCUCGCCAUUAACCGAUUAAAAAAAAAAAGAAAAAAAAGAAAAGAGAGAGAGAGAGAGAGAGGGGGGGGGUGAGAGAGAAUGAUGAUAGCUCGUAUCUUCGAUUUGAAGAAAUAUGAGGAAGAAGAAGAAGAAAAAGACGAAGUAAGUUGCAUUAAGAUGAAAAAUCUUCUUACCCCUAUAACGCCAUGGUACGGCGCAGCUAUAAGAAUUGUAAAUAACAAAUUAUCCGAAACAUGGUGCUCUGGAAAUCUAUUUUUUACGAGAAGAAACGUUCCAUUAAUUCGUAGGUUUAUAUUGUUUCUAAGGUCAUUAAUAUUAAUUUUACAUUUUCACUGUGUACAUAUUAUUAAACAUUAUUCUUCUGCGUGAUGCGAAUAUCCAUAACCAGUUUAUACGUACACAAUACACUUGCGUCACUCAAUUGUAAGCGACUACGUUAGGAUGUCGUUUAAUUUGACAAUAUUAUCGCAUACGAAUGUAUUAUGGAAUGAAUCAUUACGAUAAUUACCUAUCUCAAAUUCGCUUGAAAUAAAUAACAUGUUGAAAAUUAUUACUUGCGAAUUUAUUUGGUGAAUUUUUUAUAAUUAUCUGAAAAAAAAAGAAACUGCACCCCCUCGUUAAAUAAUAUCUGCAUUGAAAAGCUGACUUAUCAAUAAUUCAUAAUGAAAAGUUACAAUUUUAUCAGAAGAAACUUUUUCACAAUUACUCUUAUCGACUGAGUAUUUUAUCAUCAUAAUCGAUAACUUUUAUAUCUAACGAUUCAAUAUCUUUAUCAAUUAUAUGUAAGUAAGUGAGCAUAUCUAUAUAAUAUUAAAAAGAAAUAUUAUUAUAUAAGGCACUUUACGAUGAUAAAUUACUUGGAAACCUCAAUAAAUAAAAACUACUUAUAAUUUU